AUGUUCAACGAUCGAUCCGUGCCUGACAUGCAGGUUCGGCAGCUGGUUCGGGGUACGGGAAGCGAGGCGACCGCUAGCGCGUGGAACGGAUCGCGAACGCGAUGGGCGGCCGGCACGGCGGACGGCGCGCUGCAGAUCUGGGAGCGCUGCGACGACGGCGCGGAGCGCGGACCGCUGAGCCUUUCCGCGAGCUGGCAGCUGGGGGGAAGCGGCGGAGGGGAAAAAACAGUGACCCUCCCGUCCCCUCUCCCUCCCGCCUUUCCCCAUACCCCACUUCCCCCCAGCAGCAGCAGCGCACGUGGUUUGGGCGCCACAGGAGUUCGGGGGAAAGCUGGCUGUGGCGUGCAGGGGGGGUGCACGUGGGGUGGGCGUGUAGCAUUUGGGCAACAAAGCCCUCUACCCGCGGCUCGCCCUCCUUUUCCCUUCCUCCUUCUCCCCCGCUUGCCCCCAGCAGCAGCAGCGCACGUGGUGUGGGCGCCACAGGAGUUGAUUUUUGAGUCGACUCAAAAAUCAACUCGUGGUGUGGGCGCCACAGGAGUUCGGGGGAAAGCUGGCUGUGGCGUAAAGGGGGAAUGCACCUUCUGUGGGCCCUGCAGCAGCUUGGAAUCAAUGCCCUCUUCCCGCCCUUUCCCUUUUCACCCUUCCCCACUUGCCCCAGCAGCAGCAGCAGCAGCGCAUGUGGUGUGGGCGCCGCAGGAGUUCGGGGGAAAGGUGGCUGUGGCGUGCAGGGGGAGCAGCCGCGUGCACAUCUGGGGGGAGGUUGGGGGCGCGGGGGACGGGGAGGAUGGGCGGAACAGGGCCAGGGGGGGAAACGGGGGGGAUGGGGGGAGUGGAGGGAGUGGGGGCGGCAGGGAAGAGCGGAAUGGGGAGGAGAGGAAUAGAGAAGGCGGGCAAGACACUGAAAUGGGAGGAGGAGGAGGGGGCGGAAGGGGAGGAGGGGGCGGAAGGGGAGGAGGGGCCGAAGCUGACCAAUCAGGAGCAGGUGGAGGUACCCGGUGGCGGCAGGUGGCAGUGGUGGAUGUGGGAAACAUGCUGCUGAAUUCUCUGAAUGGGGCUGCUACUAAUGGUAGUGCUGCUGCAGCUGCUCCCAGUGCUGCUGCUGCUGUGUUGGCUCUGGCGUUUGCACGCAGCACUUUCACCGACCCUCUGCUGCUGGUGGCAGUGACAUCGGAAGGGAGAAUGGUGGUGCAUCGCUGCAACGACUGCCUCGCCCUCUCUCAUUGGUUGCUUGAGGUACUUCCAUCCAUCCAUCCAUCUCCCUUCGUCGUUUUCCCUCUCCCCGUCUCCUCCUUAUCCUCCUCUCUUCCUUCUCUCUCCCGCCUCCCACUUCCUUUCACACCAAUCCGCCUUUUUAUUCUCAUCCUCAUCCCUUCUCUUUUUGCGUUGCUAUGUUCUGCCCUUCCAUACCUCUUGAGUACUUUCUGCUUUGCUGUAUUCUUCUACGUAUCGUGA